AUUUUGAAAAGGCCGGUUGGUAAGUUGGUAAACCGAGAACAACCUGCAAGCACACACUUUAAUUGUUUUUGAUACUACAUGUAUACAAGUAGAACUAGCACUACGUACAUACUUUGGGUAAAAGUGAUCUUGAUUAGAGAUUGAAUGACUGAGCUGGCUGUAUUUCUUGUGAAAACAUGGCCAAUAGUAGUAAUCAGCAGACAUCUGAACUACAAACAUCAGAAGAUGUAGGACUCAGAGAGGCAUGUGGAGUUUUUGGAUGUGUUGCUACAGGAACUUGGCCUGCACAGCUUGAUGUAGCUCACAUUAUAUCUUUAGGACUGAUCGGUUUGCAGCAUAGGGGCCAGGAAAGUGCUGGUAUUGUGACAAGUCAUGGUGGUACUUCAUCAUUCCGUAAACACAAAGGCAUGGGUUUAGUUAGUCAAAUCUUUAAUGAAGACAACCUUAACAAGCUCCAUGGUAAUCUAGGCAUUGGCCACACACGCUAUUCUACAGCAGGAACAUCCGAUCUUAUUAACUGCCAACCAUUUAAUGUUGAAACAUUACAUGGUUGGAUUGCUGUAGCACACAACGGAGAACUAGUGAAUGCAAAUAAACUAAGGGAAAAUAUUCUGCGUCAUGGUGUUGGUCUUUCUACAAGCUCUGAUUCUGAGGUUAUUACACAACUACUUGCCAGACCGCCUCCAAAUGAAGAGACAGAUGGACCAGACUGGCUGGGUAGAAUUCAGCAGCUUAUCAAAGAAACUCUCUUGUCAUAUUCAUUGCUCAUAAUGUAUGGUGAGAGUGUGUAUGCAGUCAGAGAUCCGUAUGGGAAUAGACCUCUAUGUAUAGGUAGAUUGAUGGGUGUUGGUUAUAAUGCAGAUUCAAAGGACCAGGAGAAUAAUGUUGAAGGUUGGAUUGUGUCGUCAGAGUCUUGUAGUUUCCAAGCAAUGGGAGCUCAGUACUACCGCGAGGUUCAACCAGGAGAAAUCAUCCAGAUAACUAAACAAGGAAUUAAAACUCUGGCUACUGUACCCAGAAAGAAACAGCAACCGCCAGCUUUCUGCAUAUUUGAAUAUGUGUACUUUGCCAGACCUGACAGUAUACUGGAAGGUCAAAUGGUGUAUUCUGUACGGCGGCGUUGUGGCGAGAGACUAGCCAUAGAAGCUCCAGUUGAAGCUGAUAUAGUAAGCACAGUACCAGAGUCAGCUACACCAGCUGCUUUGGGCUAUUCACAAGCAUCUGGUAUUCCCUAUACUGAGGUAUUGACCAAGAAUCGUUAUGUUGGGCGGACUUUCAUUCAGCCAAGUACUCGCUUGAGACAACUGGGUGUUGCUAAGAAGUUUGGUGCUCUAACUGAAAACUUCAAAGGGAAGCGUAUCAUACUGAUUGAUGACUCAAUAGUUAGGGGCAAUACAAUUGCUCCAAUCAUCAAGCUGCUUAAACAAGCAGGAGCUAAAGAGGUUCAUAUUCGUGUAGCGUCUCCUCCAGUCAAGCAUCCAUGCUACAUGGGAAUUAAUAUCCCCACCAAGGAAGAGCUGAUUGCAAACCGGGUGGAGCUACAUCGCCUAGCCAGCUACUUUGGUGCUAACAGUGUUGUGUAUUUAUCUGUUGAUGGUUUGAAAACAGCUGUAAUGAAGGGAAUUCAAAACAAAGACACAUCCUCCGAUAAGUCACAGCACUGCACAGCAUGCCUAACUGGAGAAUACCCUGUGGAACUUUCAUGGUGAACUCUACCAGUAUUAACAUUUAUUUGCUCUGAUGGAGGAUUUAUAAACUACAAAUUUAAAGUCAGAAAAAUUACCAAGCUAUUGUAUAUAUAACAAUAAGUGAACAAUGGUACAACAUUGUUAGUGUUCCCAGAUGUUGCAGGGUUAUUUUCCAAGUGUUUUUAUUUAUUACAUUUCAGUCAAACUGAUGGUAAAAUGGAUCACAAGAAAAGAUAACUGUAGUUAGGAUGUAAAUCGAUGAUGUAACUGAAAAUGGUCCUGCAGCCGAUUUGACGAAACUUUACGCAACUACGCAAGUCCACUUGCACAAUGUUUAUGGUGCAAGACAUAAACAUUGCACAAGUGGACUUGCGCAGUUGCAUUAAGUGUUGUGAAACGGCUGCUGGUAUUUCUCUCAGCUAUAGAAAUACUGUGAACGAGAAAUGAAGAGACGAACAAAAAAACUUCUUCUUUUGCAUUCAAGAGUUAUGUUACAAAAUGCACUGGCAUAGGCAAAAAUCCAAAAUAUUAUUUUGUUGCAGUCUUUUAUUGAUCAUCAAAUUAUAUCCUCAAUACUAGCAUUUUUUGGGCAAAUCAGCUGGUGAUGACCAUGUGCUGACAUUUUUUUUCCAAAUUUGUUUUGUUUUACUUGUUUGUUUAUUUGUUCAACGAUUCCCUAUUUUGAAGCUAUAGAUAGAGCAUGAUGAAGAGCAUGGCCACAUUAGGCCGAUGGUCUUACAGCAUUCAUAAGGACCAGAGGGUCAUCCAUAAAAAAGGACACUUAAAUGAUCUUUCAUGCAUUUAUUAAAGACAGUGGACACUAUUGGUAAUUGUCAAAGACUAGCCUUCACAGUUGGUGUAUCUCAACAUAUGUA